AUGUCCCCGGUCUCUCGCGAGCCGGUGGAUCUCAAUGUCAUCUGCGCUGCAGGUGUCCUCCAGGAGGGGUGUGGGGUGGAGGCAGCACGGCCCCAGCCUGAGGCCACCUCGUGCCUGCUGGUGGUCCUGGUGGUAGUCCUGGUGGUGGUCCUGGCACUGCUGUGUGCAGAGCACACUAGACUGGAGCUGGGAGGGCAGCACCGGAGUGGACGGUACUCGGCCACAGGACUGGACCAGCUGCAGCAGCCUCAGCUGAGGCGGGGGGGGGAAGGGGCUGGGAAGGACCCUAUUCUGCGGACUGAGCUCCCGCGUCAUUCCCAACGGUUCAGUCCUGCUCUCUUGCUUUCAAGGGGAGACUAUAUUGGCCUCAGACUUCGGGAAAAUGAAUUUGACCCAAGAGGAAGAAGGCAGCCCACCUUUCUUGAUGACAUGGCGCACUACGACCUGGCCGUCAGCGCUGCGUCUCAAUGGCUGAAUCACUCAGAAGACCUAGCUUGGCUGGAGUGGAGGGAAGGGAAAAUGCCAUUUCGUGGCAGACCCAUAUAUCCAAACCACAGAGAACGAGAAGCAAUGAUUUUAUCAUCUUACGCUGGACUCUUAAUGAACAGUAUCCCAAUUGAGGAAGUCUUUAAAAUUUAUGGGGCUGAUUCUUCUGCCAAUUCUGGUGCUACCAAGGCCCCGGGGGCUCCCUUCCGCCGCUCCCUGCACCCUUUCGCCCUGUUAACAGCGCCCAAGGCCGCGGAACACGCCCGCCGACAGCGUGUCAAGUUAAGAAGGGGAGCAAAGAGUCAAAACGCCUCCAGCAGCUGUGCAAGGGAAGCAAAUGCCACGGAUCGGAAAUCAUCAAAGAACUUAUCUUUGGACACACGGCCAAAGAACAAAGUCACUUAGAAACUUGGAGUUGCACCGUGGGAGUUCUUGACAAAGUCUCUGGGAGAGGAAGAGAAACAUCACCUUAAAGCUGCAACUCUCGCGGGCACAUGUCCCUCUACAGUGAGCUUUUGAUGCAAAGUGUGUGGAAGUGCUAUGCUGGAUGUGGAGCUUUCUGCUCUUAGAAUCAUACUGU